AUGGAAGUUGAUCACAGCUCAAAUGUUGAACGGCUAGAGUUCCUCUACCUUAAUAUGGUAGGCCAGGUUGUCCAGGUUCAUACAAUCGAUGGGUGUGUUUCUGAAGGAAUAUUUGUCUCUCGAACAGACCCCGAAACGCCAGAAAACGAGGCUGGCAUUUUUCUUUCCUUUCCUCGUUUUCUCCAAUCGGUUCACCAUAAAGCGCUGGACCCAUCUGAGUUUUCUACCGAUGCACGCCUUUUCUUCUACAAGGACAUUGUCAUGAUGGAUGUUGUGCACCUAAAGUUGCGUACCGAGACGCCGGGGAUGGGCAACGUCCAUUGCUACCGUGGUGAACAUGACCUGAAGACGCUGGACUGGGCCGAGGAGUGCGCGGCUGAGUUGUUGGAGACAGAAAAGAUGUCCCCUGGUGGAUGGGAUCAAUUUAAGGCAAAUGAACGUUUCGGUGUUACAUCGACCUAUAAAGAAGAUUUUUACACAACCAAACUCGAUCGUGCGAAGCUUACCAAGGAGCAGUUGGAGUACGCCGAUCGUGUCGCAAAGGCAAUUGAGAACUCAGCAACUCGUGGUGUGCAGCACCAGGCGGAGCGCGAAGAAAUUGCAGCUAUCGACUUAGACGAAGGGGUCUUAUUCUCUGAUGUAAUCCGUGAAAACGUGCCUAGAGGAGGGAAGAAGGGCUCUGGUGGCACAAUAACACAGCAGCAACAACAGCAAUCAAUUCCAAAGACUGCGCCAGAGCCACCCACGGGUAAGGUCAUGGCAGCCAAGCGAGGAACGGUCGACGAUGGGGCGCCAGCUCCCAUUGAAGGGGGCCAGAUCAAAGACUUCAACCCGAACCCGGCGGCGGCACCUUUUGUGCCCACUCGCCCCAUCAUUCGUGACUAUCUGCGUUGCAUUGCAGACGCCAUUAACAUUAACGAUGAGUGCUACGCCAGCGACCCGGACUGGCCCGGUGAAGAGGAUCACUACGACAGGGAUGACUCAAGCUACUCCCACCAGCACCCACAUCACAACCAGGGCCCGACUCACCAUCACCACCACCACCACCAUCAGCAGCAACAACAGCAACAAGCACAGCAGCAGCAACAACAGCCACCACCACAACAGCAACAGCAGCAACAACAAAUGUCCCAGGCCCAAGGCCGCGGCGUGCCACCCCAGGGCCAGUUCAUGGGUAUGUCAGGGAAAGGCUACGGCCCCAUGGCUCACAGCUUCAACCGCGGCGGCGGACACCCGGUCAUGCAUCACCAGCACCACAUGCCGCACCACCAGUAUGAUAUGGGCAACGCCAACAACGCGGGGUCGUACAUGGUGGGCGGUAACACGCAGGUCCAAGUACAACAGCAGCAACAGACGUAUGUCGACCAGAACAUGAUGGGGCCGUCGUCAUCGCGUAUGGGGACCACAAUGCAGCAACAGCGUUCGUCGAAUAAAGGGACGCAGCCGCAGCAACCAGUCGUGACUGCUCUACCCAUGCAAAACACCAAUAAUGCGGGCGGCGGAAGGGUACAGACGAUGACGCUUGGACAGCCACCUUCGGGGGGGAUGCAGGAAAUUGAUAACAAUGCAGGCGGAGCCGCGCUUCCCGAGAAGCAGCCCCCUAAGAAACUAAGGAGAGGUGGCGCUUCGGGUGGUAUGGCACCGCGCAAUGAUGCUGCAGAGGGUGGGCAAGGGGUCAAGAAGAAGUAA